ACUACAACACUACAGCAUGUUACUAGAUGAGACUCGGGAAAGACUGUUCAUCGGAGGAAAAGACAUACUGUACUCCCUCAACCUGGAGCGCAUCUCUGCACCUCACAAAGAGAUUCACUGGGCCAGUUCUGAGGAGCAGGUGGGGGACUGUUUAAUGCAAGGCAGAGAGAAGCCGGAGUGUGCUAACUACAUUAAAUUGGUGCAGCAGUAUAACAGCACACACCUGUUAGCAUGUGGGACUGGAGCCUUUCACCCUGUGUGUGCCUUUAUCCAAGUUGGACAUGCAACGGAGGAAAGGGAGUUCAGGAUGGAGACGGAUCACAUAGAGAGUGGAAGAGGAAGAUGCCCGUUUCAUCCCAACAGCCCGUCAGCAUCCACUGUGUCCCGAGGGGAGCUGUUUGUUGGCUUGUUCACUGAUUACUGGGAGAAUGAUGCGGCUCUGUAUCGUCUUGGCAACCACAGCUUCAUCAGGACUGAAGUGGGUGACAGACAGCAGCUCAAUGAGCCCAAGUUUGUGGGUUCGGCAGUGAUCCCUGACAAUGCAGAUCCAGCUGAUGACAAGGUCUUCUUCUUCUUCACUGAGCGAGCAGUCAACAUGGAAGGAGGAAACAAAGCUGUGUACACCAGAGUGGGCAGAGUUUGCGCGAAUGACCAGGGCGGUCAGAGGAUGCUGGUAAACAGGUGGAGCUCUUUCUUAAAGACUCGUCUGAUCUGCUCAGUGGCUGGACCGAACGGCAUUGACACACACUUUGAUGAGCUCGAGGAUGUGUUUGUACUGCGUAAGAAAGAUGACACAAAUCCAGAGAUCUUUGGCCUCUUCAGCACAACCAGUGCUGUGUUUAAAGGAUACGCCGUGUGCAUGUAUAACAUGGAAAACAUCCGUGCAGCAUUUAACGGGCCCUUCGCACAUCGGGAACGAACCGACCACCACUGGAGUGUGUACGAGGGAAGAGUCCCCUUUCCGCGACCUGGAUCUUGUGCCAGUAAGAUAAAUGGAGGCCAGUUCUCCAGCUCUAAGGAUUAUCCAGACGAGGCUCUUCGGUUUGCGCGAUCUCAUCCCCUCAUGUUCAAGGCGGUGCAGCCUGUUCACGGACGGCCCAUUCUGCUAGAAACUGAAGGAGGGCGUCGACUCACACAGCUGGUGGUGGACAGGGUGGAAGCCGAGGAUGGACACUACAACGUUCUCUUCAUAGGGACUGAUAAUUCCAUUGUUUUAAAAGUGAUCACAAUCUACAACAACGAAGCCGACACAGUUGAAGAGGUUCUUCUCGAGGAAUUGCAGAUUUUCAAGGUCCCUGUUCCUAUUACAGAGAUCAUCAUCUCUACCAAAAGACAACAGCUGUAUGUGGGCUCUGAGCUGGGGGUAACACAGAUCCGUGUGCACCAGUGUGGGCUGUACGGUUCAGCUUGUGCUGACUGCUGCCUCGCCAGAGACCCCUACUGCGCCUGGGACGGAUUCACAUGUUCCCGGUACUACCCUGCAGGACUCCAUACCAAAAGACGCUUCAGACGGCAAGACGUCCGCCAUGGCAAUGCAGUUCAGCAGUGCAACGGGCUUCAGAUCAGCGGUACGCUCUAUUAUGGAUUUAGAAACUUUGUGGGGGAUGAGAUCUAGGAUCAAAGCAUCUCAGAAAAGCUGGUAUACGGUGUGGAGAACAACAGUACUCUACUCGAAUGCAGGCCACGAUCACUACAGGCAUCUGUUACAUGGUACAUUCAACAUGGCGUGGACAUGGAGGAGGUGAAAGGUGAUGAACGCUUGAUUCGAACCCCUCAUGGCCUUUUGCUCCUUCGAAUCGCCAAGGGAGAUGCAGGAGUCUAUGUGUGCCAGUCCACUGAGCACGGCUUUGUACAGACAGUGGUACGAGUCACUUUGGAGGUCCUGGAUGAGAAUAAAGUGGAGCAUCUCUUGCAUAAAGGCGAGGAGGAGGAAGGCACUUCCCAGCACAGAUCUCCACCCUGUCCCUUCCCCAGCCUGCCCUCCACCCCCUCCUCCUCAAAGCUCUGGUACAAGGAUUUUAUGCAACUGAUUGGCUACAGCAACUUGCAGCGGGUGGAGCAGUACUGCGAGAAGGUGUGGUGUGUGUCGGACAGGAAGAGAAAGAAACUCAAGGGAUUGGCACCCAAAUGGCGGUACACGGAGCAGCGGGGGAGAGCACGAGUGCCCAGACACCCACUGGAACAUUAAAGAUUGUUUGGAGAGAAAAGGAACACUUGAAACUCUUGUUACAUUAAUGUCUAUUGAUAUCAAAAACACAAACAAAUUACUUUUAGAGGAAUGUGCUGGGUUAAAUACAAGUUAAGCUCAAUUGACAGCAUUUUUGGCAUAAUGUUCCACAAAAUCUUUUUAUUUAUAUAUAAAGAUCAGCCAAAAUAUUUAAUUCCACUGACAGGUGAAGUGAAUAACGUUGAUGAUCUUGUUACAAUGGCACCUGUCAUGGGGUGGGAUAUAUUAGUCAGCAAGUGAACAGUCAGUUCUUGAAUAUCUCCAAAACGGCAGGUCUUGUGAGGUGUUCCCGGUAUGCAGUGGUUAGUACCUACCAAAAGUGGUCCAAGGAAGGACAAGUGUUGAACCGGUGACAGGGUCAUGGGUGCCAAAGGCUCAUUGAUGCAUGUGGGGAGCAAAGGCUAGCCCAUCUGGUCCGAUCCCAAAGAAGAGCUACUGUUGCACAAAUUGCUAAAUAACAUAAUGUUGACCACGAUAGAAAGGAGUCACACAGAGCAUCGCAGCUUGGUGUGUAUGGGGCUACGUAGCCGCAGACCGGUCGUUUAUUUGUAUUUUUGUAUUUUUUUAACGUUACAUAUGGAAGUGAAUGAGACCAGUCCAUAAACUAUAAAAUAGACACUUUUUUCGAAAGUAUUGCCACAAGACUUAAACAAUAAUAUGGCACUUUUCCACUGCAUGUUACAGUUCGACUUGCUUCAACUCGACUCGCUUUACUGUUCUGAGCUUGCAUUUCCACUGCAGUUUAGUGCCGCUUCAACGUGGGUGGGAUUAUAGGAUGAUCGUCAUAGUUACGCCGCCUCUACUGCUGUGACAUCAUCUUAAACACGACACAAACUGACCAUAAACAGUAGCACGACCGCCAGCUGUUAGCGACUAGCUCAUUGUGCUGCAUAAAGCAGUUGUUGUUUAAAUUGGUCUGGUUGUUUUAGAAGCUUUCCAGUAGCUGGUCAACUAAAUAAAACGUAACAAAACGUACCAUCCUCCAUCGUGGACUCCAACAACACUCUCCCUCCCAUUGCUCGCCGUUUAGAUAGCGUCCAUUUGGUCGAACCACUUCCACUUUUCCUUGAUGGUUCUGUAGUCACUUUUAUUUUAUUUUUAACUUUUGCCUGUACUGUUGGUCGGUCCGUUGGUAGCCGUGUGCGGCCAACAGCUAAAACACUUCCUGGGAGAAUUUAUCAUUUCGCUCAUCGCUAGCGAGUGGACCGUCUACACCUCGUUUAUUGAGCAUGGCGUGGUUUGGCGCACAGCCAUUUAUUUGUUCACAAUUCGAAAGUUGUGUGAACAAAUGAUACUGCUAUUGCUGUUGCUAACUUUAAAACUAGCGGGUUGAUGUCGCGUGUCGGAUAUCCAGUGACGCUGGUAGUGACGAUUCUCCCUGACCAAUCAGUGAUCUGCAGGAUUUUGACGUCACAUUUCGUAUCGGCUCACUUGGAACCUCGACCGAGGUGGUGCUAAAAAAGUAUCAGGAACCAGGUACUAUCCACAGUGGAAAACCCCCAAAAAAGCGUGCAGAGUCAAGUCCAGUCGAGUUGUACCGUGCAGUGGAAAAGCCCCAUUAGUGUUAAAGAAAUAAUAACAAUUGUUUAUAGGGUUUAUUGGCGCUGCGUCAUCUUGGCAACAAAGUGGACAGGAUAUAACUUCACACAAAUAAGGUUAACAAGCUUUUUAAUCGCACUAAAGUCAUUUUAACAUUCAUAUUGUUUACAUCUUGUGGCUGUAUUUUUUAAACGGUGUAGUUCAAUGUUUAUAAACAGCCCCAUUCGCUUCCAUUGUAAGUAUCUCACUGGUAGUGCCAUUUUUGCUUUAUUUUGUAAUAAACAAUGGAAAGAGUCUAAAUAUUGUUUUGUGUAAAUCAACAUCAUGUCGCAAACGCCGAUAACUGAUGCUUAACUUGUAUUGAACUUGGAGCAUUAAUUUUCAGUCCUUAUAAAGUCUUACAAUUGCCACUGAAACCAUUAUGGACAGAAGCAUCUCUACGCAAGUAUGUGAACGCAAACACUUCUAGCGACGCAACCUUGAAGCAAAUGAGUUGUAAUGCAAUUCAAAACAACACAAGUAAGUGUUGCAUUCUUAGUGUUGCCACAAGGGGCGCUAUAGCAUGCAUUAGCUUGAACGGCCCGCUUCUACGCUAAGUUUAAUUUACUGUCACCUACUGUAUUGGCGGAACAAUGGUUUGAACAUCAUAAGGCUAGGUCAGAUAAGUGUACAUCGACCAUAGUAACACAAGAAAAGUGUGUUACGUCCAGUGCAAUUGCAAUGCGUACUUGUGUAGAGUAACGUUCUGGCCUAAGACUGCAGCGAAUGUGCUGGAGAAAGAGGUCAAAAAUGCGCCACAGUGAUUUGAAUAUAUGUACGUGACAUUUCAGUGACAAUGACGAUAUUACAUUUGCUUGUAAAGGACUGUGAAGUGCUGCCUGCCUGAAUGGGCUGUUAAAAGACAACGGAUUGAAUGGAAACCGUCUCAGGAUCACGCAAAUGAAAUUUUCUCUUGGACCGCUAUGAACAAUGACACACGGCGGAGACCAGCUGUCCUCUCGCGUCAAUGUGAGAUGUGAGACGCAGCCUUGCGCACAUGCCGAUUAUAUUUAUCUCUAUUUUCAUUCUUUGAAAUAAUUUAUUCUAGACAGUGUUUUAGGAUGUUUUGAUGAGUUUUAGAUGUUCUCUUUGGCUGCGUUCACACUAAUCCAUAUUUUCAGUUUUCCAGAGUAUGCAUUAAUGGAGAGAGUUUUCUAAAUGCUUCGUUUUCGGUGGAGGAGCGGCACAAACGUAGAUAAUCGAAUGCUUUUUCAAUCAACAGCGUAUUAGUGUGAACGCAGCCUUUGUUUCAACUGGACACAUAUUUAAUUUUGUUUUAAUUGUGUAUGUGUGUAUAGAUGUUACAAUUUUUGAUCGUAAUGUAUCAUUUCUAGUGAUUAAACCAGCAUUAUGCACAAAAUAACAAACAAUUUCCAUUUUAAGCAGUUUGCGACAUGCAAACAUUGCAACAUUAUUCAAGUUACAAUAAUCUUGAUGUAUAAUUUCAGUGAGGUCAAAGUUUGGCUGUGUAUCAUGAUGUUGAGAAUACAUUUAAUGUUUACAUUGUUACAUGUCAGAAUAAAAAUAAAUCCUAGUCCAUAUCUCAUGUAUUAUGUGCUAGUAUAAAAUACAGUGUAGGGCCAAAGCCCGAGACCACAUUUAAAAUCUAGUUUUAACUAGAGAAUUUGCAAAUUUUGAUUUUUAGAUAAUCCGUCCAUCCAUCUUCAACCGCUUAUCCGAAGUCGGGUCGCGGGGGCAGCUGCUCCAGCAGGGGGCCCCAAACUUCCCUAUCCCGAGCCACAUUAACCAGCUCUGACUGGGGGACCCCGAGGCAUUCCCAGGCCAGUGUGGAGAUGUAAUCUCUCCACCUAAUCCUGGGUCUUCCCCGAGGCCUCCUCCCAGCUGGACCUGCCUGAAACACCUCCCUAGGGAGGCAGCCAGGGGGCUCCUUACCAGAUGCCAAACCACCUCAACUGACUCCUUUCUACGCAAAGGAGCAGCGGCUCUACUCCGAGCUCCUCACGGAUGACUGAGCUCCUCACCCUAUCUCUAAGGGAGAAGCUCGCCACCCUUCUGAGGAAACCCAUUUCGGCCGCUUGUACUCGUGACCUAGUUCUUUCGGUCAUGACCCAGCCUUCAUGACCAUAGGUGAGGGUAGGAACAAAAAUUGACCGGUAGAUCGAGAGCUUUGCCUUUCGGCUCAGCUCUCUUUUAGUGACAACGGUGCGAUAGAGCGAGUGCAAUACCGCCCACCGCUGCCCCGAUUCUCCGGCCAACCUCCCGCUCCAUUGUCCCCUCACUUGUGAACAAGACCCCGAGGUACUUGAACUCCUUCACUUGGGGCAAUACCUCCUUCCCUACCUGGAGUACGCACUCCAUCGGUUUCCUGCUGAGAGCCAUGGCCAUUAGAUAAUUGAACAUUGAUUAGAUUAAUAUUAAUAUUAUUAUUAAUAGUAUUUUUGUUGUUGCUACCAGCGGUCUUAGACUUAAUGAAUAAUUGAAAAUGUCCUGGUCAUAUUUA